UUACUGGAAACUACAUUGUUGCGUUUAUCAUGGCUCCUAAGACCAAGGCCAAUCAUGGUGCAUCAUCCGUCUCUACAACGACUGCUACGGUUGUAUUACAAACAAACCCUGCUAAGCGAGUUCGUAAUGCCUCACUCUCUAUCCAGAAAAGUGGCGAAGCAGACCUGGACAACCACUACCAAGGAUGACUCUUUUGGCCCAGAAGAAGGAUAUGCUACCUUCAAGUAUGACGCCCUCCGUCAAAAGCUGAGUUUUGCCACUGCGAAGGUGUCCGGUCCGAAUUGGCCACUAUUGUUGGUCGGUUUAGCUGCUUAUCUCCCGGAGACAGUCGUGGAUGCUGCCUUGAAGGAAAAGCUCCAUAUUCUACUUAUGAAGACUAAUGGAAGUAAUAUUGGUGUUAAUGAACUCGCAAAAAGAAUUGAGAAGGCGAAGUCUGAAACGGCUUGUAUUGAUUUACUUCAGGACUUUGUGACUGCCAACAGUAGUGGUAUCAUCGACGAGUAUUUUGGUGUUGAUAGAUUCGACUAUACUAAGAAGGAAAAGCCCGCUGCUGCUAUAAAUGCUGCAAACUCUCGUCCAGAGAAGACAGCAAGGGAUGAGACCUCGCAAGAGGAUUUCAUUCCACGACCCAAAUAA